GUCACUUUUAUCAGUGACACAAAGUACGCAUGUCCCUGGCUUUCCUCCAGUACUGAUUUUACUUUCACCCUUUGCACCUUGAAAAGUUUUCUGCUUUCCCAGCCCUCAGCUGUCACAGACAUGCUUUCUCUGUCAUUACGGCAAACAUUACGGCCCCUCUUCCUCAGGGUCUCAGGAUGUGUGGGCCGAGAGGGACAGUUCACAGCGGAGUCGAGCAGGCGAGGCCUCAGCAGCGCCAGCGGGUGGACGGGGCAGGAGAGCCUGGCGCAGGAUGACCCAGAGAUGUGGAGCCUCCUGCAGCAGGAGAAGGACAGGCAGUGUCGGGGACUGGAGCUCAUUGCAUCAGAGAACUUCUGCAGCCGUGCAGCGCUCGAGGCCCAGGGCUCCUGUCUGAACAACAAAUACUCUGAGGGUUACCCAGGACAAAGGUACUAUGGAGGUGCAGAGAUUGUAGACCAAAUUGAGCUUCUGUGUCAGAAACGAGCACUCGAUGCCUUCGGUUUGGAUCCAAAUCUGUGGGGCAUAAAUGUCCAGCCGUACUCUGGGUCCCCCGCUAACUUUGCAGCCUACACUUCUGUGCUGAAGCCUCAUGACCGCAUCAUGGGCCUGGAUCUGCCUGAUGGAGGACAUCUCACCCACGGCUACAUGACAGACACCAAGAGAAUCUCAGCCACCUCCAUCUACUUUGAAUCGAUGCCUUACAAGCUGGAUCCCAAAACAGGUCUGAUAGAUUAUGACCAGCUGGAGAAGACAGCCCGACUCUUUAGACCCAGACUAAUCAUAGCAGGAACCAGUGCCUACGCUCGCCUCAUUGACUACCCUCGUAUGAAGAAGCUGUGUGUGGAGCUUAAUGCCUACCUGCUGGCAGACAUGGCUCAUAUCAGCGGCCUGGUGGCAGCAGGAGCUGUUCCCUCUCCUUUCCAGCACGCUGACCUGGUCACCUCUACUACCCAUAAGUCUCUGCGUGGAGCAAGGGCCGGACUGAUCUUCUUCCGGAAAGGUGUGCAGUCUGUGGAUAAGAAAGGACGGGAGGUGACCUAUGACCUCCAGGACAGGGUGAACUUUGCCGUGUUCCCAUCACUUCAGGGUGGACCUCACAACCACGCCAUUGCAGGGGUGGCCGUUGCCCUCAGACAGGCUUCCACUCCCAUGUUCAAACAGUACAUCGCCCAAGUUCUGCUGAAUGCCAAGUCCAUGGCUAAUGCUCUGCUGAAGAAAGGCUACACCCUGGUGUCAGGUGGAACAGACAACCACUUGGUCUUGGUUGACCUUCGACCUCGCGAGAUGGACGGGGCUCGAGCUGAGAGGGUCCUGGAGCUGGUGUCCAUCACCGCCAACAAGAACACCUGCCCUGGAGACAAGAGUGCUCUCACUCCAGGAGGACUCAGGCUCGGAACUCCGGCUCUGACCUCCAGACAGUUCAAAGAGGCAGACUUUGAAAAGGUCGUGGACUUUAUUGAUGAGGGGAUUCAGAUUGCACUGGAUGUGAAGAAGAAGACCGGAAAUCUGGCAAGCUUCAAGUCCUUCCUGCUGGAGGACCCAGAGACAGUGUCGCGCAUCGCAGAGCUCCGCCAGCGGGUGGAGCUAUUCGCCAGACCCUUCCCCAUGCCUGGAUUCACUGACCACUGAUUAACACCAAACACAGAAAGGCAGUUUCCCAACACAUCACGGACAUUAACUUUACUUUAUUUUAUUCCUCUGAUGGAAAAUGAGCAAUGUUUGAAAACAGUCAGGUUCAUGUGAGUUGAAACUUGUGCCAACGUGCAGCCUUGCAGUCAUCUCCACACACAGUCACAUACAUUUCCAUAACAGCUAAUGACUUCAUAUCUGCCAAAUAAUAUGAAAAAUACAAUAUGAUGUCUUAAAGCCUAAUCAAUAAAAAGUAACUGAAUACAAAUUGCCAGAUAAUGCAGAUAUACUUCAAGUGUUUACGAAUGUAUUUGUCAGCAACUAUAACUCCUCUUGUGAGGCAUCCAUUAGUGGAGGCUGCUGUUAAAACAGAUGAUGAAUGAUGAGGUAGUAACACACAGAUGUAAUCAUUUUAAAUGUGUCUGCAUGAGAAGCUAUAAUUGUUGACCAAUACUGUACAUUAAUUAAUACUUAAGAAUGUCUGUUUACAGUAUAGUCAACAGAUUCUCAUACAAUGGUUCACAUGAUACCCUAAGAAAAUGCACACGUAGUCUUCCAAAAUACAUGGGUUACAAACAGGGGCGCAGCACCAAAUUCUGGGCCCUCUGCAAAAGCAGUCUCUGUGGGCCCCUGCCCUUCCUCUCUUGAUCCAAUUUGAAUUUUUUUUUCUCACAAGUGCUUUCUCUAUCUUUCCUCUCUUUCUUUCUAUUGGUUUUUGAAACCCCGGUUUCCCUUUCUUGGGAAAAGGCAUUACAGUGUACAUUGGUGCUUCAGCAGCAUAUGCUGUCUCACAUAGCUCAGCUUUAGCUGCAUUUAGAGACAAAUCUUAGUGCAGGGGUGGACUAGUUUGCACCUUUAAGGUGAGAGGGGCCACUAUAUUUUUGUACAAAGUUCAGUCUCCUAACUGAUUUAUUCAGCCAAUUUUAAUGUAGUUAUGGGACUAAUUACUUAGAAAUUAAAGAUUUAAAUAACAGAAACCUUUUAAUUCCAGACUUUUUGAGGGCCCCUCUCGCACUGGGACCCUGGGUACUCAGUCCCACUAUUCCCCCACUAUGACGCCCCUGGUUAUGGACAAAUUACUGGCUCACCAUAAUGUAAGAUGUAUGAAUUUUGGUGCAUUACUUUUUGUUGGAAGAGCUACAAACAGUGCAUGAGAACAGCCUGCUAUAUUGCAUUAUAAACCAUGAAUUAAAGGUUUAUAUACAGCCUAUAAAUGCUAAAUAUGGGGGACUUAAAGUGCUUUUCAGAAAUGUAUCACAUCAGAAGGUUACAUUGUAUUAGCAACCCAAGUUAUCACAAUGUGACAACUUAUUAUGUGCAAAACAUUUAUGGGCUGUCAUGUUUUAACCAACUGGAUACGGAAAAAUGAUUUGAAUGACUUUUUAAUUCAUUCAAAAAAUAGAAAUUUUAAGUCUCCUUUAAAAACAAUCCAAGGCACACUGUGGGGUUUGUGCAAAAAAUAAAAUGCCUUUGCACAAACCCCAAAGUGUGCUUUGGAUUGUUUUUGAAGGGCACUUGCAUUUUAUAUUUUUUGAUGAAGAGCAUACUUCACUCGUGCAAUGAGCCCUUCACAAGAUUAAAUAACUUGAAGUAUCCAAAGAGCACCUGUAUGUGACUAAUAUUAAGACCCAGCAGUGCUUCUACUUCAUUUGUUUUCUGCAGGCAAAUGAUUGGCUUAAAAUGUUGCAGAGUAAUGUACAUUAUCCUGCAGUUAAUACAUCAACACCUGCUGUACUCACUCUAAUACAUUUUACUCGUCAGACUGUUGUUUGCUGCAUUAAGUCAAAAAGGACUGUAAGUGUUUGGGGUAUUUGGCUUUUGUCACUAAGCUCUUUUUACAGCCCUUAUCCACGUCAGACUUUGUCCCAGGCUGGGAAACUCACAGCAGCUGUGCUGGGAAUUGAACACACGCUCAGUUUACACCCACAAAACCACAAACCUAAAGGGGAAACAGAUAAAAAAGCACAAACUAUGUUUCUAGGCUUUUUUUGUUGCUAUAAUGCCACCUGUUCCUCUACUUUGAUUUGUACUGUAAAGAUUUCACAAAGAUUGUACAAUGUAUAUACAGUAGAUCUUCACUGUAAUAAAAACGGAUAC